AUGGCCGACACCGACAUGGCCGAUUCCGACGGCGAAGAGACCUACACGCACUCGCAUCACAAGGGCGGCUUCCCUGGCUCGACCCCAACCGCUUCCCCUUCCCCUCCUACCUCAAGCACGGGCCGCGACACGCAAAUAACCUCGAAGUAA